GCCAUAUUAUUAUUAUUAAUCCAACAUUUUUCUGCGGAGAAAAAAAAAUUAGAUGAACCAAUAUAUAAAUAUAGAUUUUGUGAUCUAUUAGCUUAAACCGAUUUUUUUUUUCCAGUAAAAAAAAUGACUAAUUUUAAAGUUGCUGAUAUCUCGCUCGCUGCUUGGGGUCGCAAAGAAAUCGAAAUUGCUGAAAAUGAAAUGCCAGGACUUAUGACUUUACGAAAAAAAUACAGUAACACCAACCCUUUAGAAGGAGCACGAAUUGCCGGCUGUUUGCAUAUGACAAUUCAAACGGCUGUUUUGAUAGAAACGCUCACUCAUCUAGGUGCUGAAGUCGCCUGGAGUUCCUGUAACAUUUUCUCCACACAAGAUCAGGCCGCAGCUGCCAUUGCUGCCACUGGUGUGCCUGUUUUUGCGUGGAAAGGUGAGACUGAGGAAGAAUAUACUUGGUGUAUUGAACAAACCCUUUUUGCCUUUAAGGAUGGAAAACCUCUUAAUAUGAUCCUUGAUGAUGGUGGUGAUUUAACUUCGUUAGUUCACAAUAAACAUCCUGAACUCUUAAAAGAUAUCAAGGGUGUUUCAGAAGAAACAACUACUGGUGUACAUCAUUUGUACCAAAUGCUCAAGGAAGGAAAAUUAAAGGUGCCUGCUAUAAAUGUAAAUGACUCCGUCACAAAAUCCAAAUUUGAUAACCUUUACGGUUGUCGUGAGUCCCUCGUAGAUGGUAUCAAACGUGCCACUGAUGUACAAAUUGCUGGCAAGGUAGCAGUGGUUGCAGGAUAUGGUGAUGUCGGUAAAGGUUGUUCAGCAGCUCUUCGCGGAAUGGGUGCCCGUGUUAUUAUUACCGAGAUUGACCCAAUUAACGCUUUGCAAGCGUCCAUGGAAGGAUUUGAAGUUACAACGAUGGAAGAAGCAUGCACUGAAGGUAAUAUUUUCGUAACUAGCACAGGUAACCGCGAUAUUAUUGUAGGAAAGCAUUUUGAACAAAUGAAAGACGAUGCUAUUGUAUGCAAUAUUGGACAUUUUGAUGUUGAGAUUGAUGCUGCUUGGCUAAAACAAAAUGCUGUUGAUCAUGUUAACGUUAAACCUCAAGUCGAUCGUUUCACCUUAAAGAGCGGACGUCAUAUAAUUCUUCUUGCCGAAGGUAGAUUGGUCAAUUUAGGCUGUGCAACGGGACAUCCGAGUUUCGUAAUGAGUAACUCUUUUACAAACCAAGUAUUGGCGCAAAUCGCUCUCUGGACUGAUACCGCUUCUUAUCCACUUGGUGUUCAUAUGUUGCCAAAGAAACUUGACGAAGAAGUUGCCGCUGCUCAUCUUGAAAAAUUAGGAGUUAAACUUACUAAGCUUACUCCUGCUCAAUCUGAAUAUCUUGGUAUCAAUAUUAAUGGUCCUUUCAAAUCGGAACAUUAUCGUUAUUGAAAUAGACAUAUGAAUAUAAUUCUAAAUAUUAUUUAAAAGAGAGUUAUAUUAAAGAGCUAUAUUAAUAAUAGUUUACUUGGUUAGAAAUAAUAAAAUUUAGAGGUUUUAUCAGUAAAUUGUAACAUUUCAUAAAUAUAUUUAUUUAUAAAUACUAAUAAAAACCUUACCAAAAAAGUUUCUAAAAUACUGAAAUUGUGUUUCUGCUAAAAGUUUU